CUUGAGAGAGGAGCCUCUCUACUUUCACUGAACUCUGCCUCCUGCAACGGAGUUAACUGAGAAAGAGAGGGGGAUGGGCAGUUCAAGCAAAGAACUUUUGCAUUUGGUACACAAGAGUUCCUCCACUACCUCAUCCAAUGCUGUUCUCUAUCUCAGAUUUCGUGUUUUUCUCCCCAUGUGUACAGUUUUUCUAUUUUUCUUGCCGAAACUACACUUCUUUAUUGUAUGUAAAAGAGAAUCGCAAGAGUCACACCAUCAAACCGAGAAGCCCCCAACUGAUGGAAACUACGGACAUUCACAGAACUAUGAUAUUGAAGUGCUCGCUGGAAAUGAUUCAUCAGUCAUUGAAAUGGAUUUGAUGCUGGUGUGUAGCUGUGAAGGUGUAGCUGCUGCUUAAUCUGCAAUAGCUGGUGGGAUAUCGAGGAAAGUAAAGUGGUAGCAGGGAUGGUGUUAGGAACUCUUGCUUUUGAGAAACACAAAACUUCAUAGUCUGCGAAAUGAUAUGGUUCAGGUGCAUUAGGUGGAAAUGAUAGGUCAAAAAGAGCUGCUGAAAAUGGUCGAGAUGCCUUGAAACUUAUUUUGGCAGAGAAAAGCCUGGCUUCAGUAUGGAGGUGAGUUUACUGUGAUAUUAGAAUGUUCUUUAAGGUUAUAGUAUCAUCUAAAGGGUUUUCUUGUUUAGUACUGUUUAAACUGUUAUUUUUAUAUUUAAUUCUGAUUGUCAAGCA